AUGUUGCCUUCGACGUAUGACGAGAUUAGGUUCUGCAUCCUGAAACAUGAGCACCUGGACAAGGACCCAGUUCCGCGUCACUUGAGGCACAAGGCCAGUGAGACAUCGUCAAAAGAGUCGGGGCAUCCGUCGCAAGGUCCCCCCCAGGCGAACAAUCGGCAGUUCGAUAAGAUUUUCAGAAGACUAUUCCGUAAAGGCCUAUCGUCGGCUGUGGUGGAUCCUGCAAACAAGAGUUCCUCGCCAUCAUCGGACAGAAUAAACGACAGUUGUUUCACGGGCACACACGGCAACACCGCCUGUUAUUUGAGCGAUGUGCGGUGUUUAAGAUUGAAGGAAGAUACCUCCAACCCUGCAGUAUAUAGAGCCAGCUUUCAAACACAAGCCUCUACCUCCAAGAUGAAGAUGUUCGCCCUCGCCGCUGUUCUCGCUACCGCAGUCAUUCCCAUCGCACAUACAUAUACACUGGUGCCGCUCGCAUACAGCACCAUAUACGACGAAGCCUCCACUCCCGUUGAUGAACUUACCUGCGGCGCACAGUUGAAGGCGCUCGGCUAUACGACGCUCGGCUCGCUUCCGGGCUUCCCAUACAUCGGAGGGUCCGCCAACGUCACUGAUGCAGACGCAGCGAAACGCGGCUGCGGAGAGUGCGUGCUGAUCAAUUUCGCUGGAGCCUUCGCGAAAGUCUUGGUCGUGGACCAUGCCGACGAAGGGAUUGUCGUUUCGGAGCAGACAAUGCAGUGGUUGGCGCCAGAUGGCAAUGUUACCCACUAUCAAUACGGUACUGCAGCGCUUGACCAGUCUGUUAUCUUGAUCGUCGUCAGUUUGGACUUACAUGCUCUAAAUAGGUUCCGCGACAUCAGACCACAAGCGCACAAGGACUGUCUUGCGCUUGCAUUGCGACAACGGAACGCUGAUUCAUACUUCGACAACACAAACUGGGGAGUGGUGGCAUACAAGAGCCAAAGCCUGGAGAAGCUUCACCGUUCUCUACAUCGAGCACACGACAUUACCAUUGGGCUAUACGACCUUCUCGCACUUCCAAAACAGCCCGAAUCGCUCACAUGCGGGACAUGUUACUUACUGGAGUACGAGGGAAAUCUGCUCGAUGUUCUGAUUAUCGAGACAGGCACCGUUGGCUUCGUUUUAUCGAAAGAGGCGCAGAAGUCUUGCGCGGUCCCUAGGCAUGCCUACUCUUGUUUGGAACAAAUACACGGAGGAACGUCAUGGCAUGGCGUCCUCUUCGUGAUUGCGGCGCCGGACGUGUACAAGUCGCCCAACAGCGACUGCUACAUCGUCUUCGGUGAGGCUAAGAUUGAGGACAUGAACUCGCAAGCGCAGCUCUCGGCAGCACAGCAGCUCGCCAGCGGCGCGGGUGCAGGUGUGCCCAACCUCGAGAGCUCGGUGGCGGGUGGCGACCACGAUGAUGACGAUAUCCCUGAGCUCGAGGCUGUUAAGGAGGAGGGCCCUGUCGAUGAGAGCGGCGUAGACCCUAAGGACAUCGAGCUUGUCAUUCAGCAGGUUGGCUGCUCACGAGCGAAGGCAGUACGCGUGCUGAAGGAGAGCGGAGGUGACUUGAUCAAUGCCAUUAUGGCGGCGAGCGAGUAA